UAAACAGAGACAAGGAAGCAUGCAUGUUCAGAUUUUCACUGAGUAUCUGUUGUGUGCUUGGUUUACCUUAAGGCUCAGUCAAAAGGAACGCAGUCUCAGUUAAACUCCAACUGGAUAUCUCUGCAAAACCGCCAAAAAGAGGUGCCUGGAAAUUCACAAAAAUGCAGGAAAGCAGUAACUCACAGGGGAUAGUCGCUGGGGUGUCCCUUGAACAGUCAAAUGAAAUCUCAACCUACAGUGAUGAACAAAUAGUGCAUGUCUUCAAGGAGAAAUCUGUGAUCAUCAAUGCCGGGAAGUUUGCAGGCACACUUGUUUCACUUUGGGAUUUGCUACACUCCGAGUACAUAUCUGCAGAGAAAAGAAAAGAGUUACUUGACCAAUACAAACACAAAAAACUGACAAUAGAAGGGAUAACAGAAAUGGUCAAAGCACUGAUAAUUGAAGCAACUACAAAAAAACAUUCAUUUAAAGGUUUGAGAAGACAAGUAUCAGCAAGUGAAUUGUACGUAUCAAAAAUCCUCUCAAAAGAAAUAUUUAGCAAGCUUAUCAAUGAUGAAGUAGAUGAUGAAGACGUUGAUAAAAUGGAAUCGAUUCAAAAAUACCUUGGAGCAACAAACAGCAUUGCUGGUGUAUUUGUCCAAUCCACAAAACAGACCAUGAGCAUCUAUGAGGCCAGAAAUAAAGGACUUCUGACUCCUGGAACAUCUCUGGUUUUGCUCGAGGCUCAGGCUGCCACUGGCUUUAUGAUCGACCCAGUGAGAAAUAAGAAACUGUCAGUAGAGCAGGCGGUAGCUGAAGGGAUAGUUGGGAUGGAAUGGAGAAGUAAACUGCUCUCUGCAGAGCGGGCAGUCACUGGCUACACAGACCCUAACGAUGGGAAAAUAAUCUCAUUGUUCCAAGCCUUGAAAAAAGAUCUCAUUGUCAAGGACCAUGGCAUUCGUCUUCUAGAAGCUCAGAUUGCUACUGGAGGCAUCAUAGAUCCUGUGCACAGCCAUCGGGUUCCUGUGGAGGUAGCGUACCAAAGAGGAUACUUUGAUAAGGAGAUGAACAAGAUCCUUUCUGAUCCAAAUGAUGACACCAAGGGCUUCUUUGAUCCGAACACGCAAGAAAACCUCACAUACUUGCAGCUUGUGGAGAGAUGUGUUAAAGACCCAAACACUGGCUUGAGCCUCCUCGUCAUUGUGAAAAAAGGUGAGCACUACUUCUUCAUUGAUGAACAUACAAAGCAAAUCCUCAAGUCUACAACCACAAAUAAAGCAGGAGGCAAAUUCAAAGGGGUGUUGGUUUCUCUCUGGGAACUGCUCUACUCCAGCUACAUUUCUGAGGAAAAGAGAAGAGAUCUGGUACAGCAGUACAAAUCAGGCACAAUAACUAUUGAACAUUUCCUGGAAAUUGUUCUGACACUAAUAUCACAAAAAACAGAAACAAGUACCACAACCAUUACCAGCAUCACAACAACUGAGACAACCAAAAAUACCAACUUCCAAGGUAUCAGAAAAGAUGUGAGUGCUGAUGAGAUGCUCAGUUCCCAAAUCAUUACAAAGAAAACAUAUGACGACUUGACAUCUGGAACAAUCACCGUUGAUCAUGUGAGUGAAAUGGACUCUGUGAGAAAAUACCUGCAGGGAACAAACAGCAUUGCUGGUGUAUUUGUUCAAUCCACAAAACAGACCAUGAGCAUCUAUGAGGCCAAAAAUAAAGGACUCCUGACUCCUGGAACAUCUCUGAUUUUGCUCGAGGCUCAGGCUGCAACUGGCUUUAUGAUUGACCCAGUGAGAAACAAGAAAUUGUCAGUAGAGCAGGCAGCAGCUGAACGUUUAGUUGGGAGUGAAAUGAAAAACAAAUUGCUCUCUGCAGAGCGUGCAGUCACUGGCUACACGGACCCUAACGAUGGGAAAAUAAUCUCAUUGUUCCAAGCCUUGAAAAAAGAUCUCAUUGUCAAGGACCAUGGCAUUCGUCUUCUAGAAGCUCAGAUUGCUACUGGAGGCAUCAUUGAUCCUGUGCACAGCCAUCGUGUUCCUGUGGAGGUGGCGUACCAAAGAGGAUACUUUGAUGAAGACAUGAACAAUAUCCUUUCUGAUCCAGAUGAUGACACCAAGGGCUUCUUUGAUCCCAACACGCAAGAAAACCUCACAUACUUGCAGCUCAUUGAGCGGUGUAUUAAAGACCCAAACACUGGCUUGAGCCUCCUCGUCAUUGUGAAAAAAGGCGAGCACUACUUCUUCAUUGAUGAACAUACAAAGCAAAUCCUCAAGUCUACAACCACAAAUAAAGCAGGAGGCAAAUUCAAAGGGGUGUUGGUUUCUCUCUGGGAUCUUCUCUACUCCAGCUACAUUUCUGAGGAAAAGAGAAGAGAUCUGGUACAGCAGUACAAAUCAGGCACAAUAACUAUUGAACAAUUCUUGGAAAUUAUUCUUACACUAAUAUCACAAAAAACAGAAACAAGUACCACAACCAUUACCAGCAUCACAACAACUGAGACAACCAAAAAUACCAACUUCCAAGGUAUCAGAAAAGAUGUGAGUGCUGAUGAGAUGCUCAGUUCCCAAAUCAUUACAAAGAAAACAUAUGACGACUUGACAUCUGGAACAAUCACCGUUGAUCAUGUGAGUGAAAUGGACUCUGUGCGAAAAUACCUGCAGGGAACAAACAGCAUUGCUGGUGUAUUUGUUCAAUCCACAAAACAGACCAUGAGCAUCUAUGAGGCCAAAAAUAAAGGACUGCUGACUCCUGGAACAUCUCUGAUUUUGCUCGAGGCUCAGGCUGCCACUGGCUUUAUGAUCGACCCAGUGAGAAACAAGAAAUUGUCAGUAGAGCAGGCAGCAGCUGAACGUUUAGUUGGGACUGAAAUGAAAAACAAAUUGCUCUCUGCAGAGCGUGCAGUCACUGGCUACACGGACCCUAACGAUGGGAAAAUAAUCUCAUUGUUCCAAGCCUUGAAAAAAGAUCUCAUUGUCAAGGACCAUGGCAUUCGUCUUCUAGAAGCUCAGAUUGCUACUGGAGGCAUCAUUGAUCCUGUGCACAGCCAUCGUGUUCCUGUGGAGGUGGCGUACCAAAGAGGAUACUUUGAUGAAGACAUGAACAAUAUCCUUUCUGAUCCAGAUGAUGACACCAAGGGCUUCUUUGAUCCCAACACGCAAGAAAACCUCACAUACUUGCAGCUCAUUGAGCGGUGUAUUAAAGACCCAAACACUGGCUUGAGCCUCCUCGUCAUUGUGAAAAAAGGCGAGCACUACUUCUUCAUUGAUGAACAUACAAAGCAAAUCCUCAAGUCUACAACCACAAAUAAAGCAGGAGGCAAAUUCAAAGGGGUGUUGGUUUCUCUCUGGGAUCUUCUCUACUCCAGCUACAUUUCUGAGGAAAAGAGAAGAGAUCUGGUACAGCAGUACAAAUCAGGCACAAUAACUAUUGAACAAUUCUUGGAAAUUAUUCUUACACUAAUAUCACAAAAAACAGAAACAAGUACCACAACCAUUACCAGCAUCACAACAACUGAGACAACCAAAAAUACCAACUUCCAAGGUAUCAGAAAAGAUGUGAGUGCUGAUGAGAUGCUCAGUUCCCAAAUCAUUACAAAGAAAACAUAUGACGACUUGACAUCUGGAACAAUCACCGUUGAUCAUGUGAGUGAAAUGGACUCUGUGAGAAAAUACCUGCAGGGAACAAACAGCAUUGCUGGUGUAUUUGUUCAAUCCACAAAACAGACCAUGAGCAUCUAUGAGGCCAAAAAUAAAGGACUGCUGACUCCUGGAACAUCUCUGAUUUUGCUCGAGGCUCAGGCUGCCACUGGCUUUAUGAUCGACCCAGUGAGAAACAAGAAAUUGUCAGUAGAGCAGGCAGCAGCUGAACGUUUAGUUGGGACUGAAAUGAAAAACAAAUUGCUCUCUGCAGAGCGUGCAGUCACUGGCUACACAGACCCUAACGAUGGUGAAAUAAUCUCAUUGUUCCAAGCCUUGAAAAAAGAUCUCAUUGUCAAGGACCAUGGCAUUCGUCUUCUAGAAGCUCAGAUUGCUACUGGAGGCAUCAUUGAUCCUGUGCACAGCCAUCGUGUUCCUGUGGAGGUGGCGUACCAAAGAGGAUACUUUGAUGAAGACAUGAACAAUAUCCUUUCUGAUCCAGAUGAUGACACCAAGGGCUUCUUUGAUCCCAACACGCAAGAAAACCUCACAUACUUGCAGCUCAUUGAGCGGUGUAUUAAAGACCCAAACACUGGCUUGAGCCUCCUCGUCAUUGUGAAAAAAGGCGAGCACUACUUCUUCAUUGAUGAACAUACAAAGCAAAUCCUCAAGUCUACAACCACAAAUAAAGCAGGAGGCAAAUUCAAAGGGGUGUUGGUUUCUCUCUGGGAUCUACUCUACUCCAGCUACAUUUCUGAGGAAAAGAGAAGAGAUCUGGUACAGCAGUACAAAUCAGGCACAAUAACUAUUGAACAAUUCUUGGAAAUUGUUCUUACACUAAUAUCACAAAAAACAGAAACAAGUACCACAACCAUUACCAGCAUCACAACAACUGAGACAACCAAAAAUACCAACUUCCAAGGCAUCAGAAAAGAUGUGAGUGCUGAUGAGAUGCUCAGUUCCCAAAUCAUUACAAAGGAAACAUAUGAAGACGUGAAAUCUGGAAAAAUCACCGUUGAUCAUGUGAGUGAAAUGGACUCUGUGAGAAAAUACCUGCAGGGAACAAACAGCAUUGCUGGUGUAUUUGUUCAAUCCACAAAACAGACCAUGAGCAUCUAUGAGGCCAAAAAUAAAGGACUCCUGACUCCUGGAACAUCUCUGAUUUUGCUCGAGGCUCAGGCUGCAACUGGCUUUAUGAUCGACCCAGUGAGAAACAAGAAAUUGUCAGUAGAGCAGGCAGCAGCUGAACGUUUAGUUGGGAGUGAAAUGAAAAACAAAUUGCUCUCUGCAGAGCGUGCAGUCACUGGCUACACGGACCCUAACGAUGGGAAAAUAAUCUCAUUGUUCCAAGCCUUGAAAAAAGAUCUCAUUGUUAAGGACCAUGGCAUUCGUCUUCUAGAAGCUCAGAUUGCUACUGGAGGCAUCAUUGAUCCUGUGCACAGCCAUCGUGUUCCUGUGGAGGUGGCGUACCAAAGAGGAUACUUUGAUGAAGACAUGAACAAUAUCCUUUCUGAUCCAGAUGAUGACACCAAGGGCUUCUUUGAUCCCAACACGCAAGAAAACCUCACAUACUUGCAGCUCAUUGAGCGGUGUAUUAAAGACCCAAACACUGGCUUGAGCCUCCUCGUCAUUGUGAAAAAAGGCGAGCACUACUUCUUCAUUGAUGAACAUACAAAGCAAAUCCUCAAGUCUACAACCACAAAUAAAGCAGGAGGCAAAUUCAAAGGGGUGUUGGUUUCUCUCUGGGAUCUACUCUACUCCAGCUACAUUUCUGAGGAAAAGAGAAGAGAUCUGGUACAGCAGUACAAAUCAGGCACAAUAACUAUUGAACAAUUCUUGGAAAUUGUUCUUACACUAAUAUCACAAAAAACAGAAACAAGUACCACAACCAUUACCAGCAUCACAACAACUGAGACAACCAAAAAUACCAACUUCCAAGGUAUCAGAAAAGAUGUGAGUGCUGAUGAGAUGCUCAGUUCCCAAAUCAUUACAAAGAAAACAUAUGAAGACUUGACAUCUGGAAAAAUCACCGUUGAUCAUGUGAGUGAAAUGGACUCUGUGCGAAAAUACCUGCAGGGAACAAACAGCAUUGCUGGUGUAUCUGUUCAAUCCACAAAACAGACCAUGAGCAUCUAUGAGGCCAAAAAUAAAGGACUGCUGACUCCUGGAACAUCUCUGAUUUUGCUCGAGGCUCAGGCUGCCACUGGCUUUAUGAUCGACCCAGUGAGAAACAAGAAAUUGUCAGUAGAGCAGGCAGCAGCUGAACGUUUAGUUGGGACUGAAAUGAAAAACAAAUUGCUCUCUGCAGAGCGUGCAGUCACUGGCUACACAGACCCUAACGAUGGGAAAAUAAUCUCAUUGUUCCAAGCCUUGAAAAAAGAUCUCAUUGUCAAGGACCAUGGCAUUCGUCUUCUAGAAGCUCAGAUUGCUACUGGAGGCAUCAUUGAUCCUGUGCACAGCCAUCGUGUUCCUGUGGAGGUGGCGUACCAAAGAGGAUACUUUGAUGACAUGAACAAUAUCCUUUCUGAUCCAGAUGAUGACACCAAGGGCUUCUUUGAUCCCAACACGCAAGAAAACCUCACAUACUUGCAGCUCAUUGAGCGGUGUAUUAAAGACCCAAACACUGGCUUGAGCCUCCUCGUCAUUGUGAAAAAAGGCGAGCACUACUUCUUCAUUGAUGAACAUACAAAGCAAAUCCUCAAGUCUACAACCACAAAUAAAGCAGGAGGCAAAUUCAAAGGGGUGUUGGUUUCUCUCUGGGAUCUUCUCUACUCCAGCUACAUUUCUGAGGAAAAGAGAAGAGAUCUGGUACAGCAGUACAAAUCAGGCACAAUAACUAUUGAACAAUUCUUGGAAAUUAUUCUUACACUAAUAUCACAAAAAACAGAAACAAGUACCACAACCAUUACCAGCAUCACAACAACUGAGACAACCAAAAAUACCAACUUCCAAGGUAUCAGAAAAGAUGUGAGUGCUGAUGAGAUGCUCAGUUCCCAAAUCAUUACAAAGAAAACAUAUGACGACUUGACAUCUGGAACAAUCACCGUUGAUCAUGUGAGUGAAAUGGACUCUGUGCGAAAAUACCUGCAGGGAACAAACAGCAUUGCUGGUGUAUUUGUUCAAUCCACAAAACAGACCAUGAGCAUCUAUGAGGCCAAAAAUAAAGGACUGCUGACUCCUGGAACAUCUCUGAUUUUGCUCGAGGCUCAGGCUGCCACUGGCUUUAUGAUCGACCCAGUGAGAAACAAGAAAUUGUCAGUAGAGCAGGCAGCAGCUGAACGUUUAGUUGGGACUGAAAUGAAAAACAAAUUGCUCUCUGCAGAGCGUGCAGUCACUGGCUACACAGACCCUAACGAUGGUGAAAUAAUCUCAUUGUUCCAAGCCUUGAAAAAAGAUCUCAUUGUCAAGGACCAUGGCAUUCGUCUUCUAGAAGCUCAGAUUGCUACUGGAGGCAUCAUUGAUCCUGUGCACAGCCAUCGUGUUCCUGUGGAGGUGGCGUACCAAAGAGGAUACUUUGAUGAAGACAUGAACAAUAUCCUUUCUGAUCCAGAUGAUGACACCAAGGGCUUCUUUGAUCCCAACACGCAAGAAAACCUCACAUACUUGCAGCUCAUUGAGCGGUGUAUUAAAGACCCAAACACUGGCUUGAGCCUCCUCGUCAUUGUGAAAAAAGGCGAGCACUACUUCUUCAUUGAUGAACAUACAAAGCAAAUCCUCAAGUCUACAACCACAAAUAAAGCAGGAGGCAAAUUCAAAGGGGUGUUGGUUUCUCUCUGGGAUCUACUCUACUCCAGCUACAUUUCUGAGGAAAAGAGAAGAGAUCUGGUACAGCAGUACAAAUCAGGCACAAUAACUAUUGAACAAUUCUUGGAAAUUGUUCUUACACUAAUAUCACAAAAAACAGAAACAAGUACCACAACCAUUACCAGCAUCACAACAACUGAGACAACCAAAAAUACCAACUUCCAAGGCAUCAGAAAAGAUGUGAGUGCUGAUGAGAUGCUCAGUUCCCAAAUCAUUACAAAGGAAACAUAUGAAGACGUGAAAUCUGGAAAAAUCACCGUUGAUCAUGUGAGUGAAAUGGACUCUGUGAGAAAAUACCUGCAGGGAACAAACAGCAUUGCUGGUGUAUUUGUUCAAUCCACAAAACAGACCAUGAGCAUCUAUGAGGCCAAAAAUAAAGGACUGCUGACUCCUGGAACAUCUCUGAUUUUGCUCGAGGCUCAGGCUGCAACUGGCUUUAUGAUCGACCCAGUGAGAAACAAGAAAUUGUCAGUAGAGCAGGCAGCAGCUGAACGUUUAGUUGGGAGUGAAAUGAAAAACAAAUUGCUCUCUGCAGAGCGUGCAGUCACUGGCUACACGGACCCUAACGAUGGGAAAAUAAUCUCAUUGUUCCAAGCCUUGAAAAAAGAUCUCAUUGUUAAGGACCAUGGCAUUCGUCUUCUAGAAGCUCAGAUUGCUACUGGAGGCAUCAUUGAUCCUGUGCACAGCCAUCGUGUUCCUGUGGAGGUGGCGUACCAAAGAGGAUACUUUGAUGAAGACAUGAACAAUAUCCUUUCUGAUCCAGAUGAUGACACCAAGGGCUUCUUUGAUCCCAACACGCAAGAAAACCUCACAUACUUGCAGCUCAUUGAGCGGUGUAUUAAAGACCCAAACACUGGCUUGAGCCUCCUCGUCAUUGUGAAAAAAGGCGAGCACUACUUCUUCAUUGAUGAACAUACAAAGCAAAUCCUCAAGUCUACAACCACAAAUAAAGCAGGAGGCAAAUUCAAAGGGGUGUUGGUUUCUCUCUGGGAUCUACUCUACUCCAGCUACAUUUCUGAGGAAAAGAGAAGAGAUCUGGUACAGCAGUACAAAUCAGGCACAAUAACUAUUGAACAAUUCUUGGAAAUUGUUCUUACACUAAUAUCACAAAAAACAGAAACAAGUACCACAACCAUUACCAGCAUCACAACAACUGAGACAACCAAAAAUACCAACUUCCAAGGUAUCAGAAAAGAUGUGAGUGCUGUUGAGAUGCUCAGUUCCCAAAUCAUUACAAAGAAAACAUAUGAAGAGUUGACAUCUGGAAAAAUCACCGUUGAUCAUGUGAGUGAAAUGGACUCUGUGCGAAAAUACCUGCAGGGAACAAACAGCAUUGCUGGUGUAUUUGUUCAAUCCACAAAACAGACCAUGAGCAUCUAUGAGGCCAAAAAUAAAGGACUGCUGACUCCUGGAACAUCUCUGAUUUUGCUCGAGGCUCAGGCUGCCACUGGCUUUAUGAUCGACCCAGUGAGAAACAAGAAAUUGUCAGUAGAGCAGGCGGUAGCUGAACGUUUAGUUGGGACUGAAAUGAAAAACAAAUUGCUCUCUGCAGAGCGUGCAGUCACUGGCUACACAGACCCUAACGAUGGGAAAAUAAUCUCAUUGUUCCAAGCCUUGAAAAAAGAUCUCAUUGUCAAGGACCAUGGCAUUCGUCUUCUAGAAGCUCAGAUUGCUACUGGAGGCAUCAUUGAUCCUGUGCAGAGCCAUCGUGUUCCUGUGGAGGUGGCGUACCAAAGAGGAUACUUUGAUGAGGAGAUGAACAAUAUCCUUUCUGAUCCAGAUGAUGACACCAAGGGCUUCUUUGAUCCCAACACCCAAGAAAACCUCACAUACUUGCAGCUCAUAGAGAGGUGUAUUAAAGACCCAAACACUGGCUUGAGCCUCCUCGUCAUUGUGAAAAAAGGUGAGCACUACUUCUUCAUUGAUGAACAUACAAAGCAAAUCCUCAAGUCUACAACCACAAAUAAAGCAGGGGGCAAAUUUAAAGGGGAGGUGGUUUCUCUCUGGGAUCUGCUCUACUCCAGCUACAUUUCUGAGGAAAAGAGAAGAGAUCUGGUACAGCAGUACAAAUCAGGCACAAUAACUAUUGAACAAUUCCUGGAAAUUGUUCUGACACUAAUAUCACAAAAAACAGAAACAAGCACCACAACCAUUACCAGCAUCACAACAACUGAGACAACCAAAAAUACCAACUUCCAAGGUAUCAGAAAAGAUGUGAGUGCUGAUGAGAUGCUCAGUUCCCAAAUCAUUACAAAGAAAACAUAUGAAGAUAUAAAAGCUGGAAAAAUCACCGUUGAUCAUGUGAGUGAAAUGGACUCUGUGAGAAAAUACCUGCAGGGAACAAACAGCAUUGCUGGUGUAUUUGUUCAAUCCACAAAACAGACCAUGAGCAUCUAUGAGGCCAAAAAUAAAGCUCUGACUCCUGGAACAUCUCUGAUUUUGCUCGAGGCUCAGGCUGCCACUGGCUUUAUGAUCGACCCAGUGAGAAACAAGAAACUGUCAGUAGAGCAGGCGGCAGCUGAAAGUUUAGUUGGGCCUGAAAUGAAAAGUAAAUUGCUCUCUGCAGAGCGGGCAGUGACUGGCUACACAGACCCAAAUGAUGGGAAAAUAAUCUCAUUGUUCCAAGCCUUAAAAAAAGAUCUCAUUGUCAAGGACCAUGGCAUUCGUCUUCUAGAAGCUCAGAUUGCUACUGGAGGCAUCAUUGAUCCUGUGCACAGCCAUCGUGUUCCUGUGGAGGUGGCGUACCAAAGAGGAUACUUUGAUGAGGAGAUGAACAAUAUCCUUUCUGAUCCAGAUGAUGACACCAAGGGCUUCUUUGAUCCCAACACGCAAGAAAACCUCACAUACUUGCAGCUCAUAGAGAGGUGUAUUAAAGACCCAAACACUGGCUUGAGCCUCCUCGUCAUUGUGAAAAAAGGUGAGCACUACUUCUUCAUUGAUGAACAUACAAAGCAAAUCCUCAAGUCUACAACCACUUAUAAAGCAGGGGGCAAAUUUAAAGGGGAGGUGGCUUCUCUCUGGGAUCUGCUCUACUCCAGCUACAUUUCUGAGGAAAAGAGAAGAGAUCUGGUACAGCAAUACAAAUCAGGCACAAUAACUAUUGAACAAUUCCUGGAAAUUGUUCUGACACUAAUAUCACAAAAAACAGAAACAAGUACCACAACCAUUACCAGCAUCACAACAACUGAGACAACCAAAAAUACCAACUUCCAAGGCAUCAGAAAAGAUGUGAGUGCUGAUGAGAUGCUCAGUUCCCAAAUCAUUACAAAGGAAACAUAUGAAGACGUGAAAUCUGGAAAAAUCACCGUUGAUCAUGUGAGUGAAAUGGACUCUGUGAGAAAAUACCUGCAGGGAACAAACAGCAUUGCUGGUGUAUUUGUUCAAUCCACAAAACAGACCAUGAGCAUCUAUGAGGCCAAAAAUAAAGGACUCCUGACUCCUGGAACAUCUCUGAUUUUGCUCGAGGCUCAGGCUGCAACUGGUUUUAUGAUCGACCCAGUGAGAAACAAGAAAUUGUCAGUAGAGCAGGCAGCAGCUGAACGUUUAGUUGGGAGUGAAAUGAAAAACAAAUUGCUCUCUGCAGAGCGUGCAGUCACUGGCUACACGGACCCUAACGAUGGGAAAAUAAUCUCAUUGUUCCAAGCCUUGAAAAAAGAUCUCAUUGUUAAGGACCAUGGCAUUCGUCUUCUAGAAGCUCAGAUUGCUACUGGAGGCAUCAUUGAUCCUGUGCACAGCCAUCGUGUUCCUGUGGAGGUGGCGUACCAAAGAGGAUACUUUGAUGAAGACAUGAACAAUAUCCUUUCUGAUCCAGAUGAUGACACCAAGGGCUUCUUUGAUCCCAACACGCAAGAAAACCUCACAUACUUGCAGCUCAUCGAGCGGUGUAUUAAAGACCCAAACACUGGCUUGAGCCUCCUCGUCAUUGUGAAAAAAGGCGAGCACUACUUCUUCAUUGAUGAACAUACAAAGCAAAUCCUCAAGUCUACAACCACAAAUAAAGCAGGAGGCAAAUUCAAAGGGGUGUUGGUUUCUCUCUGGGAUCUUCUCUACUCCAGCUACAUUUCUGAGGAAAAGAGAAGAGAUCUGGUACAGCAGUACAAAUCAGGCACAAUAACUAUUGAACAAUUCUUGGAAAUUGUUCUUACACUAAUAUCACAAAAAACAGAAACAAGUACCACAACCAUUACCAGCAUCACAACAACUGAGACAACCAAAAAUACCAACUUCCAAGGUAUCAGAAAAGAUGUGAGUGCUGAUGAGAUGCUCAGUUCCCAAAUCAUUACAAAGAAAACAUAUGACGACUUGACAUCUGGAACAAUCACCGUUGAUCAUGUGAGUGAAAUGGACUCUGUGCGAAAAUACCUGCAGGGAACAAACAGCAUUGCUGGUGUAUUUGUUCAAUCCACAAAACAGACCAUGAGCAUCUAUGAGGCCAAAAAUAAAGGACUGCUGACUCCUGGAACAUCUCUGAUUUUGCUCGAGGCUCAGGCUGCCACUGGCUUUAUGAUUGACCCAGUGAGAAACAAGAAAUUGUCAGUAGAGCAGGCAGCAGCUGAACGUUUAGUUGGGACUGAAAUGAAAAACAAAUUGCUCUCUGCAGAGCGUGCAGUCACUGGCUACACAGACCCUAACGAUGGGAAAAUAAUCUCAUUGUUCCAAGCCUUGAAAAAAGAUCUCAUUGUCAAGGACCAUGGCAUUCGUCUUCUAGAAGCUCAGAUUGCUACUGGAGGCAUCAUUGAUCCUGUGCACAGCCAUCGUGUUCCUGUGGAGGUGGCGUACCAAAGAGGAUACUUUGAUGAGGAGAUGAACAAUAUCCUUUCUGAUUCAGAUGAUGACACCAAGGGCUUCUUUGAUCCCAACACGCAAGAAAACCUCACAUACUUGCAGCUCAUAGAGCGGUGUAUUAAAGACCCAAACACUGGUCUUUGUCUGCUUGCUUUAAAAAAGUAGGUUUAUGAUUAGAUGCAAAAAGCCAUGCAGAGUAAUUCAGUACAUUGUGUUACAUUCCUUGUUUUAAGAACUAUAUUAUGCUGUGUAUACAGUUUUUUCUUUGUGGUCAAAGCUAAUUUUUGGGUAACUGGAAUCCCAAAUUAACACGUUUCUACCUUUCUACCUAACGUUUCUAUACCUACACCUAAGACUGUAAUGGUCAUUAAAUGUAUUAUGCAAAAACAUGUUUUAAAAUAAAGCUGAAAUAUAUCA